AUGGACUAUCCUGUGGUUGAGGUUUCAGCCUCUACGUUCUCUACACCGCAGGCCCUCCUCACUCAAGUUAAAAAGGAUAUAACCCAGUCCACACGACCAGGAGAGUUCGUUUACAAUGACGUCAGUCUUGCCUGGAGUCGUCCGAUACUAGAUGCUCUUGAAGAAGAUGGAGAAGUUGAGGCUUCUAAUGCUCGCAUCAACUACAACUCGGUGACUAAAACGAUGUGGAUUAGAACCUAGCCCGCUAUCCAUGGAUGCCACUGGGGUUGCAGAGAAGCAUCGAGGGUACCAACGGUCUACUGAAAGAGAAUGAAGUGAAGUUGUUGAAGUUGCUUAAGAAUAUAUUGGAUGAAU